AUGCGUUCAAAAAUAUUGGGAUUACAAAAGAAGCUUAGUGGAUUAUUUCAAGAAAAGCAAUAUUCAAGCAAAACAAGGUUCUGCCAUCCUCACAUGAAUGAGCUGCCGGUACCAUGCGGAGCUUGGGAUCCUUGGUACAAUAACAAGCAGGCCUUCUAUAACAAGCAUCUGUACGCAGGUCUUGCGUGGUGGAUCUUUUCGUUUGGUAUGAUGAUUUACACCGAGAGUAUUUACUUGAAUUGGAGUCCGCCAGCUCAGCCCGGGCCACCUAGCGACAUGGUUGAAGAAUGCGACGAUACAGACUCUUAA